AAAAUGAAGAGAAUACACGUGGCUGUUUUCCAUUGGUAACCACACGUCGGUCUGCUCUCUCCUCAGCAGAGGGCUUUUCUUCUCUACUUCGAGAGGUUUCCGUUCCGGAUCAAGCAAUUCACGCAGAGUUAGACGCAGAAGAAAAAGAAGAAUUCUCGGGAAAGUGAGGAAAUCCAAAUGCAGAAAGCACUAUCAUAUUUUCUCUUAUCUCUGUCAGUUUUGUUGUCCAUAUCCAAUCUCUCUCAGGCAUUGUACUCACCAUCGUCGCCAGUGGUUCAGCUCACCCCAAACAACUUCAAGUCCAAGGUUCUAAAUUCUAAUGGGAUUGUUCUUGUGGAGUUCUUUGCACCUUGGUGUGGUCACUGUCAAGCUCUAACUCCUAUUUGGGAGAAGGCAGCUACAGUCUUGAAAGGGGUUGCUACCAUAGCAGCUCUUGAUGCAGAUGCACACAAGUCCCUUGCUCAGGAACAUGGAAUUAGAGGAUUUCCAACCAUAAAGGUCUUUGUACCUGGGAAGCCUCCAGUAGACUAUCAAGGAGCUAGGGAUGUAAAACCCAUUGCAGAAUUCGCACUAAAGCAGGUUAAGGCACUUUUGAAGGAACGUUUACAUGGAAAAGCUGAUGGAGGAUCGAGCCAGAAGUCUGAGUCUACUGCAUCAGUGGAAUUGAAUUCUAAAAAUUUUGAUGACUUGGUGCUUAAAAGUAAAGAUCUGUGGAUUGUGGAGUUUUUUGCACCUUGGUGUGGACAUUGUAAAAAACUGGCUCCCGAGUGGAAGAAGGCUUCUAACAAUUUGAAUGGAAAAGUGAAGCUUGGUCAUGUUGAUUGUGAUGCUGAGCAGUCUCUAAUGCGUAGAUUCAACGUCCAAGGAUUUCCUACCAUCUUGGUAUUUGGUGCUGACAAAGAUGCCCCAAGUCCUUACGAGGGUGCUAGAACAGCCUCAGCAAUUGAAUCAUUUGCCUUGGAACAGCUUGAAACAAAUGUUGCACCCCCUGAAGUGACUGAGCUGACUGGACUGGAUGUGAUGGAAAAGAAGUGUGGUUCAGCUGCCAUCUGUUUUGUUGCUUUCUUACCUGACAUUUUGGACUCAAAGGCGGAAGGAAGGAACAGGUACCUCGAACAGUUAUUAUCAGUUGCAGAGAAAUUCAAAAGGAGUCCUUACAGCUAUGUAUGGGCUGCUGCAGGUAAGCAGCCAGAUCUUGAGAAGCAUGUAGGUGUUGGUGGAUAUGGGUAUCCGGCACUUGUAGCCUUGAAUGUGAAGAAAGGAGCAUAUGCCCCACUUAAAAGUGCAUUUGAAAUUGACCAGAUCACGGAGUUUGUCAAGGAAGCCGGUCGUGGAGGGAAAGGGAAUUUACCUCUAGCUGUAACUCCUGAGAUUCGCAAAAUUGAACCUUGGGAUGGUAAAGAUGGAGAGAUUAUUGAGGAGGACGAGUUCUCUCUUGAAGAACUCAUGGGUGAAGCUGCUGCUAAGGAUGAGUUAUGAUCAAUUAUGAAAACCUCAGGUAGAAAACUGUUUUGAAUGAGGAUUCCUAUUCAUAAGAAAAUGUUACGCUUGCAGUCUUAACUGUUGAGAAAAUGAAGGGGCUGUGGUAGGUUGUAGUUGCACUGCCAUCGCUCAGUCUGAUUCUGGGAAAAGGUGAGUACUCAAUAUCUAGUAUUAGAAAAAAGCGAGAAAAAAUGUUAAUGCUUUGCCCGCCAUUUGAUUUAA